UCACCACCUUCAUUUGAAGCCUCCUUACUAAGCAGUAAGCACCAUCUCCUCUCUCUGUCUCUCUCUCUCACCGAUCGAGUACUGCUUGCUUUGCUUAAAGCACUCGCAAGUUGAAGCAGCAGAAGAUGUCCGGAGUGUGGGUGUUCAAGAACGGAGUGGCUCGGCUGGUGUCGAACCCGGCGGUGGAGCCGAUCGACGGCAUUGAGCCGACCUGCACGCGGCGGAAGGUGCUGGUCUACGUCCCCACCAAUGAGGUCAUCACGUCCUACGCGCUUCUGGAGAGGAAGCUGCUGAGCUUGGGGUGGGAGCAUUACUACGACGACCCCGACCUCCUGCAGUUCCACAAGACCUCCUCCAUCCACCUCAUCUCCCUCCCCAGGGACUUCUCCAGGUUCAAGUCCGUCCACAUGUUCGACAUCGUCGUCAAGAAUCGCAACGUCUUCGAAGUUAGAGACAUCUAGUUUUCCCCACCUGCCUUUCCCUCCCUCCCUCUCCGUCGCUACUCUUACUACGUAUAUGUUGUCCUCAUGACUUGGUUUAGCCCUAAGGUGGUGCAGUGUUUGAGAGUGGUGGUGGUGAUUCAACCAACAUACAUACAGCGGUAUGUUUGGUGUAGUGUAGCUUGGAUGUUAAGAUGUCGUUUCUGAGUAAUGAAAAAGAAUAUAUUGGCUU